CAAGAACUUCAUCGCGCACUUCGAAGCUUCGUCUCGUAAACAUUAAGCACUACAACGGCAACGGCUAGUCCAAGCCAACGCUCAUACCGGCUUAUUUCUCCUCUCUUCAACGGCCCACGACUAGACUGCUUGAAGCAGUGGCUGCUUUUUAGUCAACAGAAGACUUGGAUCGAAAUAUCUCGUCUCGGAAUCUAUCAAUCAACCACAGCAAAGCAUUCCGUCUUGAAGACAGCCAGUUCCAAGAACGCCAUUGCACCAUAGCAUUUGGCACGCCUUUUCAGCAAGCCUUUCGCACGACAUCGCCGACUGCAACACCGUUUUCAGCCCUGCAGCACACAGAGAGUCGCCAUACAGGACGCGAACGCGUAUAAGAUCUAAAGGAACGCCUUCGAGAAGCGCCAUCGCAUCGACCUUGCCUUCCAGUUACCUCUGCUUUCCAACUUCUGCUGUUUAGACAGCACAAUAGCAGAAUGGGUCUCAUCGACAAGCUACGAGCAAAAUACGAGAUAUACCGCCUGGAACAACGAUACACGAAGCGCGAAAAGCGGACCACCUGGAUCUCGAAUGCACAGUAUGUUGAUGGAGAAUACAUUUACAACCACAACACAGGUGGCAGCGGUACCAGCGCUACAAACAGGAGUUUUGGCAGUGGGAACAGCAGCAAUAAUGGGAAGCGAAAAUCCAGAAUCCUAUUCUCCUAAGCAGCGACGACAUUUACCUUGAACGGAUGCGUGCGAUGAUAAGCCUUGCCUGCGAGGACCUCAACGCAAAGAUCGGAGUUAAAAGCGAGAUCAGGCCUCGCACCAUUUUGAACAAGAUUUGGCCUGAAGUCAGACCUCAUGAUUUAUGGACAGACAUCGACGCUAGAUGUGAAAUGUGUCCGAUGCUGCCUGUUUUGAAGUGGCAGCUGGCAAUGCUGAUGCUGCACUGGCAGCAAUUUGCACAAUGCCAAACAGUACGGCUAUGGAAGCUUCUCUUUUGUGUGGCUGCGGAACGAAGGACGAUUGAUGGGAAAUACAGGACUGAAGGCGGUAUGUGAUCUAUGUGGUUGGGAUUUGCUGUAACAAGGGGAAAGGAACGAGUCAUUGAUGAUGUGUUGCACGACGCGAAAUCGUAGCUCAAAGUUUGAUUCAUUUGACAUUAUUGACAAUAUGAAAGUAAAUGUAUGAUUGUUCUCCGUCUUUG